AAACGAAAGUGAAUCCCAGCGCAACAAGCUAUUCUUAGGCAUGGAAAGCAAUGCAUAGCAUAUUCUUUGUCUUCAAAAAAUAAAAAGCCCAACCAAAACUGAAAACAAUAAAAACAAAAACAUUUGAUGAAAAACAAAACACUGUCAAAAAUUUGUGACAACAAACAACUUCAUCACCCAUUUUCUUGAGAGCUUGCUUGGUGAAGAUUAAAAGAGGGAAGUUUUUUUUUUUUUUUCAUGUAAAUUAAUAUCUGUUAAAGGAAAGUUUUAAUUUUUCUUGGUGAAUUUGUUUUUUCCAUUGCCCUCUGUUUGAUUGCUGGAAAAUGGUGGAAAAGAGACGAAUAAGAAGAUUUUGAGUUUUGCGUUUUAUGCUUGUUUUGUUUAUUUGAUAAUGAAAAACUUGACUCUACUGAGACAAAUAGUUGUGGUGGGUUCAGUGCAGUUGAGAUUUAAAAUUCUGAUUUAUUUUCUUCCCGACAUUUUCUCAGCAGCCAAACACAGCCGAGGUUUUUUUUUUUUUUUCCUUUUUUUCCCCUUUUUUCUCAUGAUGAUCUUUGGCUAAAGUCUGGGUUUGGUGCUUGACAAAAGGUUUUGCACAUUGGAAUUUGGCGGAGGAAUAUUGUAGCAAUCAUGAGAUUUAAGAAAGGGAGUAAGGUGGAGGUACUGAGCAAAAGGAAGGUGCCAUCAGGUUCUUGGAUUAGUGCUGAGAUAAUAUGUGGUAAUGGACACAACUAUACUGUUAGAUAUGAUGGCCAUCAAAGCAAUAUUGAUGAGGCAAUUGUGGAAAGGGUACCUGGGAGUGCCAUUAGGCCUUGUCCUCCUCCAGUGGAAGGUCCAGAGGGUUGGAUUCCUGGUGACAUUGUAGAAGUGUUUGACAACUUCUCAUGGAAAAUGGCAACUGUCUCAAAGGUUCUGGGAAAGAAGUAUUUUUUGGUUAGGCAUCUUGGGUCCUCACUGGAAUUUAAAGUCAGAAAAUAUGAUCUUCGGGUGAGACAAUCAUGGCAAGAUGACAAGUGGAUCGUGAUUGGAAAGAGUUCUGGGACUUUUGAAGACAGAAAACCCAGUGGUCCUCCAACACACAACUAUAUUCAAAAUUCAAGCUUCCAAGUCCAAGAAAUGGAUACAAGGAUGAAACUAUCAAGGAAAGAUAAUUGUUUUACUGUUAAGAACAAUGCCGAUUUCCCGGAAUCUCGUAUUGCUUCCUCUAGAACUCUGAAGCGAGGAUCACCAUUUGGCUAUUCUCAAGUUGAAGCAUAUGCUGGAAGUGCUCAAAAAUUUAGAUUGACUGAGAAAGAGGGUAGGCUUCAUCGAGCUGUUGCAGCGAAUGCAUCUCUGUUACCUGAAAAGGUAGAGGCUGUUGCUUCCCCACGAGAAAUGCUGGGUGAAAAUUACAUGCAUGCUUCCUUUAACAGCAGACCCACUGGGUAUUCUGAAAUGGAUGUGGAGAGGGCAAAAACAAAUGGUGCUGUUGGGGGUUCACAUGCAGUAAGCUUAGGACAUAAUGAUGCUGAUAGUGUUACAUGCUCUGUUGGUAGUUGUAGCAUCACUAGCAAUAAUCCCUAUAAGUUGCUUCAUCAUUUUUCUACAGGGCCUAGUGAAAAUGAUGAUUGUAGUGAUGCUGAAUCUUUUUGUCGGUUGGGGUAUGAGGAAGGAAAUUGUCUCCUUCCUACAAAAGAGGAAUUGGCAGCAGAAAUCCAUAGGUUAGAGUUGCAUGCCUACCGUUGCACUAUAGAGGCAUUGCAUGCGUCAGGACCCUUAAGUUGGGAGCAAGAAACACUGGUGACAAACCUUCGUCUUUCUCUCCAUAUAUCAAAUGAUGAACAUUUGAUGGAGCUAAGGAAUUUAGUUUCUGCUGAUAUUAGCAUUCCAAGUAGUUGACAGGAAAAACUUGGAGUUCUUUUUCCCCUUUUUUCUGUUCUGUAAGUAGAAUCUUUUUUACUUGAUGACUUCAAAACAUUGUAAGAAACAGGAUAACUGUUUUUUCUGCUGCUUCCUUUUUAGUUAUACAUGUUAUGGUCUAGUUUGGAACAUUUGUACCACCAAUUCUUACAAAGUAAUGAAUGUUUUGAUGCUCA